CUGUAAGAGAAGCUCAGUCAGCUGUCACAAUCUGAAAGGCGAGCACAGGGAACACAGGCGAAGAGAAACACACAACAACAGCAAAAAUGUCCAGUUUUUCUGAUAGGUUUAGCGCCUACUCGAUGACUCAGCUUAACGAAAUUCUGGAGGACGACGACAAACUCACAAAAAUGGUCCAGGAGAUGGAUGAGAUGCAUGAGGUCCAGCAGAGCAAGGAGAAGACACUGGUCAAUAACAGAACCCUCGCAGAGCAGAACCUGGCCCUGCAGCCCAAACUGGAACACAAGAAAGAGCACCUCACCAAGCGCUACACCUGCCUUCAGGAGAGCUUUGAGUCCUAUCAGCUGCGCAAAUCCACUUUAGACCAUAAGUCAGGAAACACCUCACUGGACACAUUGCUGGCCCUGCUGCAGACAGAAGGAGCUAAAAUAGAGGAGGAAACAGAGAAUAUGGCUGAUUGUUUCCUGGAUGGUGACAUGACCCUGGAUUCAUUCAUUGAUGCCUAUCAGAGCAACAGGAAGCUGGCCCACUUAAGAAGGGUGAAGAUUGAGAAGCUGCAGGAGAUGGUGCUGAAGGGCCAGCAGCUUCCUCAGGCCCCGGUCCCUGCCUCCAGAUCUCAGGAUGUAUCAGCAGCAGCAAGAAACCCCGUCUCACUCCUCACAGAGGCCAGCAGCUCCUCCCCUGUAGCUCAGCCCAGGAGGAAACCUCCACCUCCUCCGUCUCAGCCCGCUCCCAUCCUGAAUCCAGCACUGUCUGUGAACGCCUCUACCCAGCCCCCUGUCUUCUACUCGGCAGCACCAUACCCCCCAAUUCCUCCCAGAACAGGGCAGCCCUUCCCUAGUGUCCCCUCUGGCUACCCCAGCCCUUUCCUAUCUCAGUACCCCCCUGCUCUGCCUCAGAGGCCCCCCCCUCGUUUGACCCCACAACCUGGAUUCAUCAUGCAGUAAGUAAAAGCAUCUGCCACUCUGAGGACGCAGUGUGUGUCAUGGACUUUUCACUACUGGAAAUUGUCUGCUCCUCCACGCCGUCGGCCUUCUGGGAAUUUGACCAAUCACAACACAGGACGGCAGACGUAUAACGGCCUAUCUGGUCAUGCUCAGCUGAAGCAGAUCUCCAAUAAUCUCUGCGGAUUCAUGAUCACCUCCUCUCUCACACACUCCCUCUCCCAUCAACACUCCAAACAAAAAAAAAAAAGGCGAGAUCAGGCUAAACUCUGCUAGCCUGCGGCCCUUCAGCGGAGGGGCCUGCCAUAGGCUGUAGUGGAACAAGUGUCAGUCUGUGGGUCACUGAGCUGGGACUUGUCAUGCAUCAGCACUUUCUGUCUCCAGGCGGUGCCCAGAGCUCCAUUGUUUUUCGUCUCUCUCCUCCCUCCAGACAGGGGUUCAGUUAGUCAUUUCUAUUUUCACUCUGUGACACAAUAAUUUACUGGUAUUGUAUAUGCAAGUAAACAGAGACCCUAAUUACUGUGCAGUUUGGAUGAAAAUAUUUCUCAGAAUAUAUUCAGGCAAAACUGCAUCUAUGCUGUGAUUUUUUUUUUUUUUAUAAAAAUUCAUAAGGUACAUAGGAAUAUUUGAAUUUCAGCAUCUUUUUAUUAUAUAGUACUAAUGUUAAAUAGCCAGGAUUGACUGAUUAACAAGUGUAAGGAGGUUGGUGCAUCUCUUCUUCAAUAUGUGGAUGUGUCUGGGUCCAGACCUGCCUAGAUGACGAUGGCUGAAUGUGUGGUCACAUCAAGGCAGGGUUGAAAAGGAGAAAAUAGGGCUGAAAAGUGGCAAAUUUAACUAGGUUUUUGCCUAAAAUGAAGGAUUUAUGUAUAGCCAUACAGUACACUUCUAAUGUGUGUUGUUUUCUGUGGGUUUCUGUAAUAAUGCAACACUCCUUCAUCAUGUCUGUUGUCUUUCACACCCUCUGCUGGGAUUAGAUAUUAUGCCAACAGUCCUUCAAAUCUCAUGCGUAUGGUUCUGUUCAGUUUUCUGUCACACUGAGCACCAAAGAUGUCCCACAUCAAUCUGUUUUUUGUUUUCAUGUGAUGCAUUUAGUGAGCGGAUCUGCCAUUAUUCCCAACAUAUCUGUUUGUUAUAUUGAGCUGAAACACUCUUUGUAAACAUGCAAGCCAGAUAUCUUCAAGAGGAACUUGCAAGGUCAACCUGGCAUGGGAGGACAUUUUUCUUUUUCCUGGUGCGAUAAAUUUUAGUCAUUCCUCCCAACUGCUGUUGCUGUGCACUGUUGAAGAGCCACGAGUGCCUACACUUGAAGUGACGUUGAUCACGUUCUGCUGACUACUCCAUGUUUCUUUAUGCUCAGCGCAUGAACUUGGCCAACCAGCUGUAGAGAUUAGAACCCCCCCUCCCAUAACAUUUAGAGGGAAAAAAACUGUCCUAAUAUUUGGUCUCCUCCUCCUGCUACUGAUUUCAUGUUCCACCAGAAGGAGCAGCCCCUUGACUGUCAGACUCUGCUUCCUCGCUCGAUGCAGAGUGCCAGAAUAGAGCGCUUUUGAACACAUGCCAGAGACAAGAGACACCCUCAGGCUGUGUGCCUAGUGGUGCUACUGCUUCUCCUCCAUUCUUAUUCCAUUACGUUUCUCUGUUUUCUACAUGUAAUGUUGGCAUUUUUUCCUUUAUUUUUAUUUGUUUUGAAAUAACAGGGCUCUAAAAUGUUUGUCAUAUAUUGAUGACAAAACAUACCCUCAAGGCAAACUUUAAGUGGACCACGGAAUGGACAAAGCAAACUAGUCAGUGGGCAAAACAGCAGAAAUAACAGAAGCUAAAGCAUCAACGUGAGAAUGAACCAGCAUUUCUAACAACUAACAGUGGAUAAUUUUUUUGUGCAUGGCCUUCGCUUUUUGUGUUCAGCCUAAAGAUUCCUCUUUUAAUACUUUAAAACUGAUCCUCUGUAUCCAUGGUUUUAUAUGUGGUUGGUGAUAUUUUCAGUGUAAUGUUGUAGGUGUUUACUUAAUGAAUGUUUAAGUGGAAUUUAAUGCUAUUUUCAAGUUCAAUAAAUCUCAAAUUUUUUGUA